AUGCCAACAAGUACUUCUCUAUUUAUCUCAGCUAGUAUUAAGAGUGACCUGCUUAAAGGAAAUCAAGUUACAAGAUUUGUUAUAGUUUUGUUAGAUCUCAGCAGAAUAACAAUCAAAAAGUUUUUUAAAAAAAAUGUUUCAUUUGGUGUAUAUGUAACAAUUUAUUACUGGACAAUUUAUGUUUUAUUAUUUAUAGAUGAAGAAAUGAUUUAUGAUAAAAAUGCCAAACCAUCUCUUUCAAGUUUGUUGAGGAGUUUAGUACCUGGUGAUGGAACAAAUUUAAAGCGUAUUUCAGUAUCUAGGGAAAAUAUUCUGGAAGAUAGUAUAAUUCACUUCAAGAAACAUGAUUACAAUUGUUCUUAUCAAGUCCGAGUACGUUUUGAGGGCGAGCCUGCAAUUGACGCUGGAGGACCCAGAAGGGAGUAUUUUACCAUGUUACUGAAAAGUCUUGUAUCAUGUAAAAGUUCUAUCAGGCUUUUUGAAGGAAAAGAAGGCAGGUUACUUCCGAUGAAAAACACUGAUGCCUUACGCGGGCAGCUCUUCAAGAUUGCAGGAAGAAUGAUUAGUACCUCUAUUGUCAAUGGUGGACCCGGUUUUCCAUGUCUAUCGCCCCCUGUUUAUGAAUACCUUGUGAAAGGAUUCACAGAGGAAUUAGUAUCAAUUAUUAACAAAGAUGUCAUAUUUGACAUUGAUGCAUCUCAAGCAAUUGAUAAGGUAAUAUAAAUUCUUAUUUUCUGCACUGAAAUUUCAUAGAUUUAAAGUGAUAAUAAAAAAAAAUCAUUAAAAAAAUUUAAAGAUUGCUUACAUGAGUUUUGUUUGGAUAGUGUUUAGUAGAAUAAUACCUACGAUACAGUUAAACUAUUUUAAAGUUUUUCUAUGUAACUCUUUAUUGUAUUCCUUUUAUUUCUCUGAAUGUGUAUUUAUAAAUAUAAAGUCUGCCAUGCAUAUAACAACCGGUUCACAUGCAAACUGUUCCCAUCUUCGCAAAGUCACGUGUCCACCGCCGGACACUAUACUCUCAGCAUGCCUCCAUGGUGUGUAUCCACACUCAAGAGUAACAUCAGAAACAUCAUAUUCACCUGAGUGCAUAUCCUUUCCUCUCUUUUUAAAAACAGAUUGACCAUGCAAAUGCUGAAACAAUAAAUUCAAUUGCCAUUGAAACUCAGCACCUCUUGGUAGAAGCUGGGUUCCCUCAUACCCUAACUAUUGAGAAUAAAAUGCAGGCUAUAGCCUGCAUGUAUCUUCAUCAUGUAAUAACAGUCCGAAAAAGUGAAAUUGACCAGCUGGCAACUGGACUGGGGCAACUACUUACACUGGCAAGGAAAUAUCCAGAUCUGCUUAGUCCUCUAUUUGUUCACAGUGAUGAUGGUGCGGACACAAUGACACCUGAUGCAUUCAUGGCCAUUGUAAAAAUAGAUGGUGUUAGUCCUAGGGUUGUAGAUUACUUCACACAGUAUGUGCAUGAUGAAG